AUGCAUUGUGUCCGCCGAACAUUGUUCUUUCGUGCGCUACUACUUACCUACUACGCACGCGUUCAUCCUCUCUCGCUGCGCAGCGGAAGGAACGCCACACCUGGUCUCCGCAACCCGCCCUUGGGGAUCGCUUACGUCAUCUUUUUUUGUUGGGGAUGCCCGCUUUCGGCAACUGCGUUUCCUGUCUGCGUCACCGCCGGAAAAUGCCUCCGUUGCUGUCUCACAAAUCUCCACAUCCGGCGCCAGCCUCGACGCAUGGAACGCUCGUCGCUCGCUGCAUCCUCAUCGAAGUCCUGCCCAGACGUCAGCGAACACGUCGUUUUGGGAGCAAGAGCUCACUGA